AUGCUUGAAGAGAACCCACAGAACUCCGGGCCGCUAAUGAACAACCAAAAAGACCCGGGAAUGUUGGACGGCACGCCAAACUCAGCCGGAGCGUCGUCGACAGGAUCGCUCAAAGCGGAUGACGACUUGAAGGAUUUUAAAGUCUCAACUCGAUCAUGGCUUGUCUUCUUGACUUUAGCGGUUCUCACUCUAAUGGUGGCCCUUGAUGGAACUUCGAUCUCGGUUGCGCUGCCAAUCAUCGCGUCCAAAUUACGCGGAACUGCCAUUGAGGCUUUCUGGAGUGGGACAUCAUUUCUUCUCUGCUCAACCGUGUUUCAACCAACCUUUGCAUCGCUAUCGAACAUCUUUGGCCGCAAACCCCUGAUUUUGAUUGCAAUUGUCUUUUUCCUUGCCGGCACUCUAGUUGCUGGUCUCUCAGAAAACUUCACUCACAUGUUGAUUGGGCGGUCAAUUCAGGGCGUCGGUGGCGGUGGCCUGAUCGCGUUAUCUGAAAUAAUCGUCACAGAUUUGGUCCCAUUGAGGCUCCGGGGCCAGUAUUUCGGUAUCCUCAGUGCCAUGUGGAGCGUGGGAUCAGUGACCGGGCCGAUCUUGGGUGGAGGAUUUGCUCAGGACGUUUCCUGGAGAUGGAUCUUUUAUAUCAACUUCCCGUUCAUCGGCUUCGGCGUGGCUUUUGUGCUUCUCUUCCUAAAGCUCAACUUUAUCCCAUCAUCGCUAGCGGCAAAACUCCGUCGCAUUGAUUACAUCGGUACCGUGAUCUUUGUGGGCAGCGCAACCUCCUUCCUGAUUCCAGUGACCUGGGGAGGAGUGAUGUACUCAUGGGAUUCAUGGAGGACCUUGGUGCCACUGAUCAUUGGCGCAGUUGGCUUGAUCGCAUUCUUCUUAUACGAAACAUAUUAUGCAGCUGAGCCCAUGAUCCCCAUCACCAUCUUCGCGACCCGCACUGCUAUCGUCAGUUAUAUCGAAACCGUCUUACACGGACUUGUCCUCUGGUGCGGGCUGUACUUUUUGCCGCUCUACUUCGAGACAGUCAAGGAAUACUCCCCGGUCAUUUCCGGCGUCAGUUUAUUCCCCUUGUCAUUCACCGUCGCCCCCUCCGCCGUCGUCGUCGGCAUCGUCGUCACCAAAACCGGCCAUUUCCGCUGGUCCAUCUGGGCCGGCUUCCUCUUCGCAACCCUCGGCCUCGGCCUCUUCUGCGCCCUCAAACCCAGCACAAGCAUCGCAGGAUGGAUCUUCCUCACCCUCCCCGCCGGCCUGGGUCUCGGCAUGCUCUUCCCAUCCCUGGGCUUCGCAAUCCAAGCGUCCGCUCUCCCGGGCCACAUGUCCAUCGCCGUCGCAAUGUUCAGCUUCUUCCGCGCCUUUGGACAAACCAUCGGCGUCGCCAUCGGCGGCGUCAUCUUCCAGAACCGCAUGUAUGCAAACCUACUACGGUAUCCUGAACUCGCACCGCUCGCGAGCCAGUAUAGCAAGGAUGCGGCUGGCCUGGUGCAGGUUGUGCGCGCGAUGCCCGCGGGCCCGGAGAAGGAUCAUUUGAAAGAGGCGUAUACGGAUAGUCUGCGGAUCGUGUUCGCGGUGUGCACUGCGGUGAUUGGGAUUGCGGGCCUGUUGAGUUUGUUGACGGAGUCGUAUGAUUUGAACAAGGGGAUUGAUCCGGAGCAGACGAUACGGGAGUCGAAAACUGGGGAUGCGGAGGCUGUGACGAAGCAUUGA